GUUAUGUAAACAGUAAAGAUGGCGGCCUCCGGUGUUCUCCGUGCUGUCCUCAGGCAGACUCUGAGCAGGUUCGGUAGUUUCAGGUGGAUCCUGCGUCACCCGCGAGCUGCACACAGUCUGAGCAUUAACACGGUCAGAAGUCAGAGCAACGCUGUGACAUCACAGCCUGUGGAGGGCUCGCGCUGCUCGGCAUGCUGGGUAACCGUGAGCGGAGGAGGAGGAGGGGUGCUGUGGGCAGCGCUCGCCUUCUCCCUGUUUGGCAGCAGUGAAGAAGACAAACGCGAUGAAGCUCAGAGGAAGGAGGACGAGAUGAUCCUGCUGCUAAAGAAAGCCAAGCUCAGCAUGCAUCGGGGUCAGCUGCAGGCCGCCUCGGGGUUCCUCCAUCAGGCCGUUGUUCUCGCUCAUCAGACGCACAACAACCAGGCCAUCAUCUACACCUACAGCCUGAUGGCGAACCUGGCCUACGUGCAGGGUCAGCUGGACAGCGCUGAGAAACUCUUCAAAGCGGCGAUGAGCUUCAUGCUGGCGGGAGGAACUCCGCAGGACGACAAUGCCGUCAUCGAGAUGUCGCUGAAGCUGGCCACCAUCUACGCCGAGCAGAACAAGGCGGAGCUUGCAGAGCACGGUUUCAGGUUCUGUACGGAGUCUCUGGAGGUGAAACUGGAGAAGCACAAAGAGCUCCUGGGAGAGGAGCCCACAGAGGAGCAGGAGGCUCUCAGGAAGGAGACCCGCCUCCUGCUCGGGCUGUGCUUGGACUCACGGGCUCGGUACCGAGCAUCCACGCUGCACCUGAAGCAGGCUGGACAGGAUUACCAGGACGCCCUGAACAUCUGCUGCCAGGAGCAGGGAGAGACACACCCACAGGUAAUCACACCCACAGGUAAUCACACCCACAGGUAA